AUGGGCAAACCAACUAAGAGAUCAGCAAAUCUUCAACGAAAAGGCCUGACAGCAGACGCUUUGCUAGCCCAGUCGUACAAGCAAUGUAAGAAAAGGCUAGCUGCAUCAACAGACAGGAACUACAAGGACGCACAGAAACUAUGGGACGAGUAUGAACCCUCUAUAUCAGACAUAAUCUACUUGCCUAAGAUACUAAAGUGGAUCAGAUACUGCGCAUACACCGGCAGACCUUCUCUGCUGCAGCCAGGGUCACAUGUGCCUGAUGUCCACCAACUUAAGCAAUUCUUACAUUGGUGGGCUGGGAGUUCUGAAGGACGAAUCCAAGCACAAGUGAGCGUUGUCUCUUGCGAGGUUGUCUGGGCUAGAGUUCAAUCAGUUAUUCUCCAAGUAACAGGAAAUCGUGUACCUACUCAAGUCAACACAGAUGUACUCGCAUGGAUACGAACAAACCUCACUCAGGAACUUUGUUUAACGACAGAGAGAGUGAAAAAAGGUUUAUGUGACUUGGUUGUGUUCACAAAUCUUAUGAAACAGCUUUGGUGUCACGACGCUGACGAAUUUGAGUGGGAACGCGAACGUGUGCAGACCGCCUUUCUACUGCAGAUACACAUGUUCACGGGAGGCCGGCCUGGCGCGUUUGUCCCUACGGGAUACUACCCUGACAUCCAUCUAAAAUACGAGGAUGUCGAGUUUUUACUCAUCCGCGUAAAAGAUGGGCAGGAAAAAUUUGGCCUAGUACUACGACAAGGAUGGAGAAAAGGAGAAAAACAAAUGUUGGAUUCAAAGUUGCGUACCCUCUGGACGGAGGACGAGAGCAUGAUCUACUGCCCCGUUACGUCUUUUCUUGCAUUGGCGCUUGCAGAUGAUGCAUUUGUUUCAAUAAAAAGCCGAUCUGAUCUUGAAAGUUUGAAGCUGGACGGUGGCGAAGACGUACGAGUCUUUCCAUUCAAAGCUGAGAUGCACGGAAAACCCUUCUUGGUAACGCGACGCGGAGGCACCAUGCCAUAUUCGAGUUGGUGGUACAAACUCAAGUCCCUUAGCCAGAGAGCAGGGUAUAUGGAAUAUAUCCGUCCCUACGAUAUAAGAAGGGGUACUGCGAACAAGCUUGAUGAAUCAUCCAGCGUAUCGACCAAUUCAAGAAACCAACUUUUGGGUCACUCAAGUGAUGCUAUAUAUCAGCAAUAUUACCAGUCCGAUAUUUCAGCUGUAGAUAUAAAAGGCAUUGUUCUGCGCGGUAAAGCGGACGCAGGUUUUGACGUUCAAACAUUGCGCCGCAACCGCAGGCUCAAAAGAUUACCCUCACGCCUACCAUCACGAGAGCACCAAGAGUUCCUUGCCAACUGGAGACGCUUAACAUGGGAGGGCGAGGCCAGUAAAGACGUCUGUGGCAAGCGGGCACGAAAGCAGGCUUGGAAGGCAUUACAAAAAUCGUGGACAGAGACUUACGUCACCGUUAUCGCGCCAGAGCCCCCAAUGCAAAGCAAAAUCCCCAAAUCUGUUGAGCGUUUUGGCAAAUUGGAUGAACCUACAACAUUAAACGCUAUCAUGAUGCAAUACGACCCCCAUCGGAAACUUAUCAAAGAGGCUGCACUGCCUACCGAGUACAGUUUGCGAGCGUCUCCGAUAUUGGAUAGCCUUUCGUGCUUAGCCAGUAAGAACUACGAACAUCCAGCAGCCUGGUAUCCAGGUACCGAACCGCGUCGACUCACAGAUAAGAGAACGGAAUGUCGAUUCUGCAGGAAAGAUUUUACUACGUAA